CCUGGAGCCUUCCCUGAACCUCUUUGGGGUCUCUGCCCCACAGACCACUGUACUUGGCUCAGCACCUCCUCGGAGGCAGCAGCAGCAACCACCUGGAAGAUCCCUCCACAGAUCAUGCUUUCUGGUGGACUCCCGCUCUCUAUCUCAGCCGCAGAGCUGCUCCUGGCUGCUGCCAUCUUCUGCCUGGUAUUCUGGGUGGUCAGAGCCUCAAGGCCUCGGGUCCCCAAAGGCCUAAAGAGUCCACCAGGGCCCUGGGGCUGGCCCUUGAUAGGGCACAUGCUGACCCUGGGGAAAAACCCUCAGGUGGCUCUGGCAAAGCUCAGCCAGAAAUAUGGGGAUGUGCUGCAGAUCCGCAUUGGGACCACACCUGUGGUGGUGCUGAGUGGCCUGGACACCAUCCAUCAGGCCCUAGUGAGGCAGGGUGAUGACUUCAAGGGCCGGCCAGACCUCUACACCUUCACUUUUGUUACUGGUGGCAAGAGCAUGACCUUCAGCCCAGACUCUGGACCAGUGUGGGCUGCCCGCAGGCGCCUGGCCCAGAGUGCCCUGAAGAGUUUCUCCAUAGCCUCGGACCCCACUUCUGCAUCCUCCUGCUACUUGGAGGAGCAUGUGAGCAAGGAGGCUGAGUGCUUAAUCAGCAAGUUCCAGGAGCUGAUGGCAGAUGUUGGGCACUUUGACCCCUACAGAUAUGUAGUGGUGUCAGUUGCCAAUGUCGUCUGCGCCAUUUGCUUUGGCCAGCGCUAUGACCAUAACAACCAAGAGCUGCUUGAUCUAGUCGACCUGAAUAAUGAGUUUGGGGAGGUGGUUGCCUCUGGAUACCCAGCUGACUUCAUCCCUAUCCUCCGCUACCUGCCCAACCCUACCCUGGAUGGCUUCAAGGACCUGAAUAAGAAGUUUGAACACUUCGUUGGGAAGCUGGUCAAGGAGCACUACAGAAAAUUUGAGAAGGGUCACAUCCGGGACAUCACAGACAGCCUGAUUGAGCACUGUCAGGACAGGAAGCUGGAUGAGAAUGCCAAUAUUCAACUCUCGGAUGAGAAGAUCAUUAAUGUCGUUUUGGACAUCUUUGGAGCUGGGUUUGACACAGUCACAACUGCCAUCUCCUGGGGCUUAAUGUACCUGGUGACAAACCCUAGGAUUCAGAGAAAGAUCCAGGAGGAACUAGACACAGUGAUUGGCAGGGAACGGCGGCCCCGGCUCUCUGACAGACUCCAGCUGCCCUAUAUGGAGGCCUUUAUCCUGGAGCUCUUCCGACAUUCCUCCUUCAUCCCCUUCACCAUUCCCCACAGCACUACAAGAGACACAAAUCUGAAUGGCUUUUACAUCCCCAAGGGGCGUUGUGUCUUUGUGAACCAGUGGCAGAUCAACCAUGACCAGAAGCUGUGGGGUGACCCAUCUGUGUUCCGGCCUGAACGGUUUAUCACUUCCAGUGGCACUGUGGACAAGACACUGAGUGAGAAGGUCAUUCUCUUUGGCUUGGGCAAGCGCAAAUGCAUCGGAGAGACCAUUGCCCGCUUAGAGAUCUUUCUCUUCAUGGCUAUUCUUAUGCAGCAGCUGGAAUUCAGUGUGUCACCGGGCAUGAAGGUGGACAUGACCCCCAUCUAUGGGCUGACAGUAAAGCAUCCCCGCUGUGAGCACUUUCAGGCACAGGUGCGCUCUUGUGGACCUGAGAGCCCUGAGGCCUAGACUCUGACUGCAGGGGUCUGAGAUACCAUGCCUGGGGGCAAUCGCCUUUGUCUGCCUUAUCUCCAGACAGGAGCAAAGAGGGUCUCUUGUUUGUCAGACUCCAGUUUCUGUUCAGGAAGGGCCAAUACUUGUGUCUAAGAGGAGCAGAAAGCAGAGAAACUGUGUGGACUGUCUUGACACUAGGACCAGGACUAGAGAGAGGAGUGGUGUUUCAAUCACCUUCUCCUUGUCUCCUUUCUCUAUGUCAGAAUAAAAUAUUGUUUUUAAAAUGUUUGUAUACAGUGGCUGGGGUUUGUGGCUCAGUGGUAGAACA